AUGUCAAAUAACCAGUCCUCUGUUGAUCCAGCCUGGCCGCCUGGAACGGUUCGAAUUGAAGAUAUUUCGCAGCCAGGAGGAGACUCUGAAGUGAUUCUCCAGCCGAGGCCUACCAGAGACCCCAAUGAUCCGCUUAACUGGCCUCUAUGGCGCAAAAACUUGAAUUUCGCACUUGUGUCUUACUACGUUGUGAUGAAUCGACUGACCUGGGGCCCGCAAAACCUGGAGCUGGGGUUUAGCUACGCUUUACUCAACGAUAGCUAUGCCGCAGGCUGCGGCGCCCUCUGCAUCGGAGGUCUUUUCUUGGUACCCUUUGCUCUCAAGUACGGACGACGCCCAAUAUACGUGUUCAGUACCGCGAUCCAGUGUGGGAUCAGCGUGUGGUCUGCAAAGAUGCAGACGGUCACUGACCUAAUGCUGGUCAAUGUCCUGAGCUGCAUCGUUGGAGCCCUUGCCGAAGUGCUGGUUCAGAUGACUGUGGCUGAUGUCUACUUCGUUCACCAGCGGGGCCUCACCAAUACAGUCUACUUCUGGUUCAUGACCGUCGGGGUAACACUAGCGCCUCUGGCUGGCGGCUUUAUAACACAGUCUCAAGGUUGGCGCUGGGUUUGGUGGUGGAUGGCUAUACUGUUUGGCGUGGGACUUGCUGCGUUCGUUUUUCUCUACGAAGAAACCAUGUUCGAUGCUUCAUCUAUUGAUGGGGUUCCCGUUGAGGAUAAGCUGGACCCUAACCCACGGCCUACAAAAGAGGAUCUCGAGACAUCGACUAUCAAGAAUCACGACGCGUUUGGGGAAAGUCAACCAACAUGCGAAGCGUUUCAGAUUGACCGAUCAAUUCCCGAAAAAACUUACUGGCAGAAGCUCGCACUGUGGACGAACUCUCCAGUCCCGUUCUCCGAAGUAGCAAAGCACUGCUACCAACCCUUUCUCAUUCUAUUUAAAAUCCCGGGUGUCUUCUUCAUGGCAGUUGUAUACGGAGUCAUGACGGCCUGCACGACGGUACCAGUGACCACACUUUCAUCCGUGAUGACACUUCCGCCAUACAAUUUCGAUGCCUCACAAAUUGGACUGAUGGGUCUGCCUCCAUUCAUAGGCACAACACUAGGAGCUGUGAUUUGUGGACCGCUCAGUGAUUCCAUAGCCCUCUCUCUUGCAAGGCGAAACGGCGGCAUUUUCGAGCCUGAGAUGCGACUUUGGCUAGCAGUUGCAUUUACUCCGUUGGUUCCUGCUGGUCUUUUCAUGUUUGGCAUUGGGCUAAAUAACGGCACCCAUUGGCUUCUUCCUGCAUUUGGACUUGGUGUCAGUGCAGUGGGGAUCGUUCCUGCUAGUGGUGCUGCGUUGACUUAUCUGACUGAUUCAUAUACAGAGAUUAUUGCAGACUCAGUCGUGGGAGUUACGUUUAUUCGUAACCUGAUAUCCACGGUUUUUGUCUUUGCGCUUCAACCUUGGUGUAAUAGGGUGGGAAUUACUUGGUUUUAUGUGACAUUUGGACUCAUUUCAACAGUUGUUCUUUUGGGCAAUCUGUUUUUCAUUUAUCAGGGGAAGAACCUUCGGAUCAAGCUGGCUGGCACAUAUCAUCAUUACAGCCAAAAACAGUUGGGUUCCCGACCAAAUUAG